AUGAGCACCGUCGAUUGUGAGAUCAACGCUGGGAUGUGGGAUGCAGAUCUAGAUUGGAUCAAAGGGUGCCAAGAGGAUAAAGCGUUGGUGGUUUUUGUGGUGAACUGGUGGCUGUUGCCAAGGCCGAAAAGGGAUUUGACAAAUUCAACAGCAUGGUAUUCAACAGUUUUCUCUUUGGAGGACAUAUGGGAAGAAGAUAGAGCUCCCCUCUCUGUAGAAGAUUACUACAAUUAA